AUGUUCGAGCCGGAGUGCGUGGGGAUCCGCAUCGCUCCGAACGGUGUGUACAAUGGCAUGGGGAGCGACGACUUCCGCGAGUCGUUCCUGUACUACGCGAGGAGGUUCAGUGCGUACAAGCUGGGCUACAUUCACGUCAUGAUCGGGCUGGGCUUCGGCUUCCACAACAAGGGCAAGCCGAUGACGAUUGCGGAGCUGAAGAAGGAGUUCCCGGGACCGAUUAUUGCGAAUGUUGGAUUCGACGCCGACUCGGCAGAGAAGGAGCUGUCCGCGGGCGGCGCAGACUUGGUCGCGUUUGGAAGGCCGUUCCUCUCAAAUCCGGAUUUGGUCGAGAAGAUGCAGGAGGGGAGGGAAUUACGCCCGAUGCUUCCGAUGGAAUAUUGGUACACGAGUAAGGAAAAUGUAUGGACCAGUGAGGGCUACCCUUCUCCAAAAGGUUAA